GUUUCAUGGGGCAAUAUUGCACAAAGACGCGCGCACCAGGAGCUUUGUCGAGUCCCUUGUUCGUUUCUUUGUGUGUUUAAGGAUUGCGGGUCGGGUACAUCUAUCUUAAACAUUACAGAAUGGAGAAGUACAGACAGUCACAGGCAUGGAGGUAUGUAUGGAUACUGAUUUUCUCGAUUGUUUUGGGCACAGCGUAUGCUGUUACACAUUAUUCCAUCCCGGAAGAAAUGGAGGAAAGAUCUGUUGUUGCAAAUUUAGCGGUCGAUUUGGGACUGGACGUGAAAACACUCAGCAGGCGAAAAAUGCGUCUCGAUAUUCGAUCUAACAAAAAAUAUCUCGAUGUCAACAAAGAGACGGGGGAGCUCUAUAUAUUAGAAAAGAUAGACAGAGAAUAUUUAUGUACAACCAAAACAGGAACGUUGUGUUUUAUCAAAUUGGAAAUGACACUCGAGAAGCCCGUGCGCAUAUUUAACAUAGAAAUUGAAAUUGUGGAUAUAAAUGACAAUUCCCCACAGUUUUGGAGGGAUACCAUCCAUCUGGAUAUUUCAGAAUCUACAGCGGCUGGAGAAAGAUUUUCACUAAGCAAUGCGGUGGACCCUGAUAUUGGCUCGAAUUCUAUUAAAACGUACCACUUAAGUGAGAGUGAACAUUUUGACAUUGAAAUACAGACAGGGAGGGAUGGUUCAAAAUUUACUGAUUUAAUUUUGAAAAAGGCUUUAGACAGAGAAAAACAAGCCUUACAUAAUCUGAUACUCACUGCUGUGGAUGGAGGGGUCCCUGCGCGCUCUGGCACAGCUAGCAUUAUUGUGCGCGUACUGGACACGAAUGACAACGCCCCUCAAUUUGAUAAAGACAGUUAUACUAUAAAUCUAACAGAAAAUGCGCCUAUCGGAAGUCUUGUGGUAAAACUAAAUGCAACAGAUAAAGACGAGAGCUCAAAUUCCGAAAUUAUUUAUUCAUAUAGUCUCUAUACCUCAGAGAAAACGCAGCAGACAUUCAGUCUGAACCAUGAAAACGGAGAAAUCAGAGUGAAAGAAAUGAUAAAUUAUGAGGAUUUCAGGAUUUAUGACAUGGAAAUUAUAGCAACAGAUAAAGCAGUCAAUAGUCUCUCUGGAAAGUGUAAAGUAAAGAUUUUAGUCACAGAUAUGAAUGACAAUCAUCCUGAAAUUUCUAUCAAGUCAUUGUCUAGUCCAGUAAAAGAGGAUAUUCCUGUAAAUACAGUCAUUGCAGUUGUUAGUGUGAGUGAUAAAGAUUCCGGAGAAAAUGGACAGGUAGAUAUUAAUAUAUCUGAUCAUUUGCCUUUUGCGCUUAAAGAAUCAUCUGAUAAUUAUUAUGAGUUAAUAGUUUCAAAGCCGUUAGACCGUGAAAAAAUGCCAGAAUAUGACAUCACUAUUACUGUGACUGACAGGGGCAACCCGCCGUUAUCUGAUAAUGAAACUAUAACUGUAGAGCUACUGGACGUGAACGACAAUGUUCCUCAGUUUCCUCAGACGUUCUACACGAUACCUGUUAUGGAGAAUAACCCUCCUGGAGCUUUACUGAGCUCUUUAACUGCUAUAGACCCAGAUCUCCAUGAAAACCAGUAUCUAGUUUAUUUUAUAAUAGAGAAGGAAAUAGUAAACACCUCGAUGUCCAUGCUCUUCUCCAUUAACCCAGAGAACGGUAAUCUUUACGCGCUAAAGACGUUUGAUUAUGAGAUAGAGAAGGAGUUUCUUUUUCACAUCGAGGCCCGAGACUCUGGUGUCCCUCCACUCAGCAGUAACGUGACUGUUCACAUUAUUAUCAUGGAUCAGAACGACAACACGCCCGUUAUAGUGUCUCCAUGGCGCGCGCACGGCUCUGUGGUUGAGGAAAAGAUCCCGAGAUCCACCGAUAAAGGAACUCUGAUAGCUAAAGUCAUUGCGAUAGACUCUGAUUCAGUGCACAACUCACGAAUUACGUACCAGUUUCUCCAGAACACCGACGCAACAUUAUUCAGCUUGGAUCAGUACAACGGAGAGAUUCGGACCAUGAGAAUGUUCAGUUACAGAGACUCGCGUCACCAGCGGCUGGUGGUGAUCGCCAAAGACAACGGAGAGCCCGCGCUCUCUGCUACAGUGACCAUCAAACUGUCCACGGUGGAGACCGCCCUUAAAACCUAUGCUGACAUGACUGAGGUGCCUUUGGAAUAUGACAUCUUCUCAGAUUUAAACCUGUAUCUGGUGAUCGGACUGGGCUCGGUAUCAUUUCUGUUACUCAUCACUAUAUUGGUCACCAUCGUUCUCAAGUGUCAGAAACCAAAGCCCAGCAAAGCGGCUCCUCCCAGCAGGAACAGUGUUAUCAGUGAGAGGAACUCUACCAUCGCGGAUUCUACUCUGGUCUCCAACGAUGCCUACUGGUACAGUUUAUUUCUAGCGGAGACGAGGAAAGGAAAGCUUGUGGUGAGACAGCCUGUGCCAAAGGGCUCGAGAUACAUCGUGUCCAGUAUACCGAGAAGCACCGGACUGACUGAGACCAGCGACUCUGCUGCUUCUACUCUACAGGAUUACGAGUGAAACAGUCUUAAACAUUACAGAAUGGAGAGCUACAGACGGUCACAGAGAAGGAGGUACGUAUGGAUAUUUAUUAUCUCCGUUCUUUUGGACACAGUGCGCGCUGUUACACAUUAU